CACUGCCACUGCUUUAACAUAUCAUUCUACAUUUCAACACCUUCGGUUGUUGAUUUGAUAAAACAGUCUAUAACAAACAAGCGCGAGAACGGAACGUGUGCGUUACUGAGGGUGUUGUGCACUGGCUAGUAUUGCGCCAUUCCGUGAGUGGACCUCUCAAGGUCUUAAUCCUCGGUUGUCGAGACUAUGAAUAGUGAUUUUGUUGUGAAUUUUUCGGAUAAGAACGAAACGUAUAGAAGAUGCACAUUUCACGGUUAUGCUCGAAAUAGUGAGUGAACUACCGGAAAACGGCCAAAAAGUUUGAAAGUUCCUAUCAGUUCUAAGAACGGUGAAUGAAGGUGUGAGUGUGAUCAUUAGCCUGGCAAGAUGCCGCGACCCUCUCGAGACAGUUACGGUGACCAGAAGCCUCCCUACUCGUACAUCUCGCUGACAGCAAUGGCCAUCUGGAGCUCGCCGGAAAAAAUGCUCCCGUUGAGUGACAUCUACAAGUUUAUCACCGACCGUUUUCCCUACUAUCGAAAAAAUACCCAGCGAUGGCAGAACUCUCUGCGUCACAAUCUAAGCUUUAACGAUUGCUUCAUCAAAGUGCCAAGACGGCCAGAUCGACCUGGCAAGGGAGCAUACUGGGCUCUCCAUCCGCAAGCGUUCGACAUGUUCGAGAAUGGAAGCCUACUCCGACGGAGAAAACGUUUUAAACUGCACAAAACCGACAAGGACAUCCUGAAUGAGGAACUCGCAGCCCUGGCAAACAUAAACCGGAUAUUCUUGGCCCAGAAUUCCGGUACCGAAACGUACUGUCCAUCGAUGGUAGAUCCCAUGCACCAGCCGAUGCUACACUCUCCCAUCGAACAGCUGUCCCCAGCAUCCGCGCCGGCUCCGAUCUCCCCCAUUUCCAUCACCGAAACCAUCACACCAUUGCGGCCAAAGCGAGCCUUCACAAUCGAAAGCCUCAUGACCCCGGACGGCAGAUCAACUCCGAUGCAUCAUAUUCCAAAAAAAUCCUCCAAAUCAUCCAGCGAUAAGCUCAACCUGCUAGACGACAGCCCCCGGAUACCGGGUUUGCAUCAAGGUCCUACCCUGCCACCGGCCACAACCCUGCCAGGGGUCCACAUUCCACCGUUCUUCCCGUAUCCGCACCCGAUGCUGAACGCCUACGACCUGCCAAUCCAUCCACUGCUCAUGAUGGCCCCCCUCGGUGCGAUUCCUCCGCACUACUUUCAUCACACCUCGUAUCACAAUCUAACAAUACCGCCCGGCGCUGGCGGCGGCGGGGGCGGUCGAGCUGCGGGGGACACCGGGACCGGUUCCAGCGGUGACGCUGCUGGACCCACCGAUCUGAGCAGGCUGGGACACGCGCUGCGAAGCGUGUGAACACGCGCCGGCAAGCGGGCAAAAACACAUCACCCCGUGUGUACGUGUACGUGUGACAAAUCACUCUAACUUGCGAUAGAAGGCUGUUUGUUGUUUACCUUUUCGGAGUUUUGUUUGUAUCAUUCUUUUUUACCCUGGAAGGAACGACUGUAUAGUAAAUAUUACUGGCAAAAAUCUAAUCUAACCUAACAUAUACGUAGAGAGAGACAAGUGUGAACGAGAAUGUACAAAAGUCGAACUCGCUGUAAAUGGUUAUUUAUCUAGAAUUUCCGGUAGAAUCGCAUUACUCCAGAAUAUUGCAAAACAAGAAGCUGAGAAUAAAGCUUUCUCUGUAUACUACUAAACGUGGCAAAAUCGUGCUAAAAUGAUCAACUAACUAAAUGUGGUUCUCGUGUAAGAUUGUAUACAACUAUUUAAUGCC